GUUGAAAAGACGGCUCUUUUAUAAGUGGAAGAUGCUUCUCGUUGACAACUUCAUCAUUAUACGGGCAUAUCCAAUCACUCAUUCCAUAGACCCUAGAAAGGAAUGCACUCCCGAGAUCUCAACGUUUUUCCACUUCCACCAGAGCAGCAUCAACAUCGCUUCCAUGAACAUCUACAUGUUUCUUGAUGUCGUAUGCUGCGCUUGGAAGGGCACAAAAACCAUCCAAUUGAGUGUAAGCCUUGAAAGCCAGUGGUUAUGUCUCCCAAGAGCCUGCUUGGACCCUUGCCACAGCAGAGCUGCGCCCAUUCAUGAUUCCGCGACCCGCGACCCGCGACCCGAGGCAAUGAGGCGGCCUACUUUGGGUCGCCAUGCAGCACUGCCUGCAGCGACAAGCCAGGUGUCAUCAGUGCCAACUAAAAGUUCAUUCACUCAUAUUUACAUUAGCGUGAAGAUCAAAUGUGAAGUUUGGCUGUCCACACUAAGUGCGAACAGGAACACAGGCGCAGACCAAAUUCCAAACGGCUCGAUUGCCUACCUACCUUCAGCGUCUAGCUACGCCUUAAAUCAUUUUACAUCAGAUGUAGGAACCAUAGGCAUGAGAACAAAAAGAGAGUUUACCUCGGUAGGCUACGUUUCUUGUCGUUCAUACUGGGACCCGAAAUCGGAGCCUGUCGUCGAGUAGGCUGUGUUGAUCAGAUGUUGACCCAGCCUGUUUGAUUUGAUCAAAACCCC